AUGUCCGACAGUAUAAGAAAAGGAAGCGAAUUAUCGAAGUCGAGAACUCUAGAACUUCUUAAAGAAGCAAGUGAACUCGAUCUGACCUCCCCGUCUCAAACACUAUCACGAGGGGAACUUCAGCAUCAAUACGAAAUUAAAUUGCGAAUCGUCAAGGAGAAGAUCGCACAUCUCGAAUAUUAUGCUGGGUUACUCGAAACAGCUAAUCAAAAUUGGCUGGAUAAUAUUCAGAGCUUGACAAUAGCAACGAGGAGAAAGGAAGAGGAGACGAAAUACGCCAAUAUGGUUGACGAUCCACAAGGUAUUUUAAGUUUAAUCACUAGAACAAGAGAAACUAUUAUUACCCUUAAAAUACAUACUGAUGAAUAUUGCUCGGUACUACAACAUUUAAAACAAGAAGAGGUCAAAGAAUCAUUUCCAAAGAAUAGUAUGAUUCACACAAAUCAAGCAGAAAUAAAACUUCCUCAAUUACCACUAAUAACGUUUAGUGGGGAUCCAAAAUUGUGGAGGCAAUUUUGGUGUAGUUUCAAGGCAGCAGUCCAUGAGCAAAGCAUCCCAGAUAUUCAAAAGUUAAACUAUCUGAUAUCAUGUCUUAAAGGAGAUGCUUUGUUAUCUGUAAGAGGUUAUGAUAUAGCGCCAGAAAACUACGAUGUUAUAAUAGGUUUACUAAAAGAGAAAUAUGGUAAACCUUUCCUUAUAAAGAAAUCACUCUACAACGAGUUGAAUACCAUCAAAAAAAAUGACCGAGAGUGGAAAGCAACCAUAGAAGCCAUGGAGAGAACAUUUCGACAACUGGAAGCUAUAGGUGAAAAUUUAGAGCAUUCAAGCAUCGAAAUUACAAUUGAAAAUAAACUACCAGCGUGGAUAAUUGAUAAAUUAUACCAAUUGAAAGAGGAUUCGACGAGUUGGUCAGUUAAGGAUAUCCGGCAGUACCUGACAAAACUAGUUCUAAGAAAUGAAGAAGUUGCUAGAAGUCAAGCAGACACAAGGGAGAAGAAAACAAACAAAAAUAAUGUUAGAGGCGAAACGUCAGCUUUCGCCACAAUCAACCAAACAGGAGAUAAUACAAUCAAAUCAAAAAGGUUCCAGGAAAAUUUCUAUAAAUGGGAAAGGAAACCAUGCGUAUUUUGCAAUAAGGACCACUGGAACAAUGAAUGUAACAUCUAUCCCACUCUCAAACUCCGGAUGGAACGUUUGAGAGAAAUCACUGCAUGUUUCAAAUGUUUACGAAAAGGACAUGCAACAAGUGAUUGUAAAAAAGGGAAACCCUUGUGUUUCCAUUGUAAAAGUCCACACAAUACAGCACUGUGUCCCAACAACUACAAGGAACUCACGCAAGCAGUGGAUUCCAACAAAGAAAGGUUGGGUUCAGUCACAAUCGCUAACUCCAUUACCGAAAAAGGAAAUCAAUGGAAAAAGCGAACCUUACUGUUAUGUAAGGAAAUAAAUGUAACCAAUCCAAAUCGCCCAAAAAUCCAACAAAAGGCUUUAAUUCUAUUCGAUAUUGGUUCUCAAUUAUCGUUCAUAUCAAAGGAUUUGGCGUAUCGAUUGAAUCUACAAGAAACUAACGAGAUGGAAAUAAAAAUUGCUUCAUUUGGUGAUAAGACGCCAAAAACGUGUAUCACUACUAAAACUGAAAUCGGAGUAAAAAUUGGAAAUAAAGAAAUAAUCCGAUUAGAUGUAAUAACAGUUAACCACUUGACGAAUGAAUUGCAAGUAGUUAAUCUAAACAAAAAGGAAUUGUUGAUGAUAGACAAACGAAAUCAGUUUAGUAAUUUCAAAAACAAAUGGAAACAACCGGACAUACUCAUAGGUGCGGAUCACUUCUUCAAGUUUAUCCAGUUUGACCAAGCAGAGAACUUAAAAUCAGGAUUUUCAUUGAUCCAUACAAAGGUUGGACCUAUAAUAGCUGGAAGUGGGUAUAUAAAUGAAAUACACGACAGUAUUUCAGAAACCACAUCAGUAAGUCCGAUUUCUCAAGUCAAUGCCGUCAAUAUUCCAGACUUAGAUCACUUUUGGAAACUGGAAUUAAUGGGUAUACAAGACAAAAUAAACUCUGACAAUGAUGAAAAAGCAUUGCAGCAAUUUAAACAAACUAUCACUAGGGACAAGGGAAGAUAUCAAGUUUGUUGGCCUUGGAAAGAUUCAAAGAACAAACUAAGCGAUAAUUUCGGACUUUGCCUUGGAAGAUUAAAGUCGUUAAUUAGGAGGCUUCAAAUGAAACCUCAAUUACUAAGUCGAUACAAUCAAACUAUUGAAGAACAACUCAAUUCCAAUAUAAUUGAGAAAGUGUCAUCGGAAAUGAAUGAAGUUGGUAUUAUUCAUUAUCUGCCUCAUCACGAAGUAAUAACACCAAAUAAAACCACGACAAAUCUGAGGAUAGUUUAUGAUGCAUCAGCUCAUUGUAAAGGAAUGAAAAGUUUAAAUGAUGUUUUAUAUCGGGGACCAAUAACACUCCCUGAUUUGGUUGGAGUUUUGCUACGUUUCCGUACAAUGAAAAAUGUAAUAAUAGCAGACGUAGAAAAGGCGUUCUUGCAAAUAGAAUUGCAUCCAACAGAUAGAAACUGCACUCGAUUUCUUUGGUUGAAGGACAUUCGAAGUCCAGUUAACGAAGAAAACGUAAGUUGUUACCGUUUCCAACGAGUUCCAUUUGGAAUUGUCUCAUCUCCAUUUUUAUUGUCCGCUACACUCAAUUAUCAUUUGGAAACUUGUAAAAGCAAAAUCGCACUCGAGUUAAGGAAAAAUCUCUAUGUCGAUAACAUUAUAAUACCAACCAAAGGAACCAACGAAGCUCUUUCCAAUUAUAAGGAAAUUAAAAUUAUAUUCAAUGAAGCAUCAAUGAAUGUACGGGAAUUUCUCUCUAACGACCAAGAAGUCAAUGAAAACUUCCGGUACAAGAUCGAGCAGAGGUAA